AUGGCGGAGCUCAGGCCCUACAUUGUCAUCUUCAAGGAUGGCACACCUCAAUCCGCCAUCGACGAGUACAAAUCCAAGCUGCAGAGAGCCGGUGGAACGAUCACGCAGACCUUUGAUUCGAUCGUGAAGGGUUUCGCCGCUACAAUUCCGGACAAUGUUGCGCACGAGCUGACUACUGCAAGCGCCGGCGGAAAGCACGAGCACAUUGAAUACGUCGAGCCCGGCGGUGAGGUCAAGACUAUGUAA